AUGGUUCUAAAAUACAUUUGCAUAUUCUCGUUGGUCCAUAUUCCUGUGGAAUCAUGGUUCUUUGGAAUGCUUGGAUGUCAGAGUAGAUGCACCGCCUAUACCAACUUCAAUCCGAGGCCACCACCACCAAUACAGUACCCGCAACCGCCCUUCCUCAAAACUCGUAUGCCUUGCCACUACAGUAUCCAGUGGCGCCUUCGUAUCCGGUUUCUCCUCAGCAGUCCGACGCCGAGCUACGUGACCACCCCAUAUCCAACUCCGCCACCUCCGAAAUGCUUCCAGAAUCAUCAUGGCUACAAGUGCUGCAACGAGAUGCUCGACAAAUUCCUCGACGAGAAGGUUCAGGAAAUGGACCGGCAGAAUGUGGGCUGUAAUCUCCAGCGAAAUGCCAAUCAGAUUCAGAUGGAAGCCCAGCAGCUCUUCAAUCACUCAAUGGAGACAAUUGUGUCAAGUAGUAAUAUUGAGAAUCGAUCGCACUACCGAGGCGAACUCUAUUGCAAACGGAGAACUCAGAACGGAAAGGUCGUUCUCCUUUACGCCACAGCGGUUCCCUACUCAUUGAACACUUCUGAGAAUCGGCCGAUGACCGAAGAGGAGCUUCAAAAUGCCAACUACCCACCCGACUAUUCAAUGACACACAUCGCCAUGAAUAUUUGGGAUCUCGCCAAGAAUAAAUUCAACGAAAAUAAGGAAAAAGCUCUUGAGCUUGAGCAAAAGCUUGACGAUGAGUCUGGCAAUCAGAGUUAUAUGUCCGAAAUUCGUAAACGUCAUGAAUCGCAUAUUUUAGUAUGCGGAAAUAGAAAAAGUGGAAAAUCCUCGUUUCAAAUGGAUUUCUUCGAGCGCAAAGAGGAGAUCAAAGAAUCCGUUGGACUUGAAUAUUUAUAUGCGAGAAGGACACGUGGAAACGUCAAAGACAUUGCGAACCUUUGGGAACUUGGCGGCGGCUAUUCGGUGGCAAAUCUCAUGUCGGUGCCGAUUAAUGCGAAAACUAUUGAGGUUGCAUCGGCAAUAAUUCUUCUGGAUUUGACAAAACUUGAGGAAUUCUGGUUGACCGCGGAGAAGCUCAUGGAAAGUCUGAAGCGCAUCAUCGACAAUUUAUGCAAGAACGAUGUGAAUCUGCAGAAUCGUCUGAAAGAUAAACAAGCCAUCAGAUUAGAGAAAUAUGAGGAAGCUGAUAUGAAAAUCGCGCAGCCCUGUUUGAUCCCGAUCACCAUUGUUGGCUCGAAGUAUGAUGAAUUUCAGAAUUUCGAAUCAGAAAAACGUCGAAGUGUUUGCCAAUUUCUGCGCUUCAUCGCCCAUUACUACGGCGCGAAUUUGAUGAUGUACUCGUCGCGAAUGGAACAAUUCGCGAAACUUGUCAAAAACAUGACGAGUCAUUUUGCGUUUGGAACCGUUUGCCCUCAGGGCUACAUGAUCGAUCACAACAAGCCGCUUUUCGUGAAAUGCGGUCAUGAUAGUUUUGAGGCCAUUGGUGCACCGCCGUCGUCCGAAUCAUUCAUGCGCGCACUCACACCGUAUGAGAUGUGGAAGGACUCGUUCAGCGCCGUGUAUCCGCAAAAGGAGGGCGGAAUUGAUCGCGACGACUCCGCUAAAUCCGAUCCAGUAUCGGAUCCGCUAUUCAAAGAGCCUGCUAUUGACAAUCUGCUAGUGAUUAAGCGCAAGGAGCUGGAGAACCUUAUAAGGCAGAAGAGGGAUCGUGAGGCUGCUGAAGCGAGAGCCGCUGAGAAAAUAUCAAGAAUCAAUUUGCGAUGA